AUAUCAAUAAUAUAAACUUGUUCGUUGUACCUUGUUGUGUUUGCUGGAUAUUUUGCACUGCACUUCCGUCAUGACGUCAUCAUUGGUUCUGGGACCGGGACCUAAACCCCUGCCUGCUAAGAAGAAGAAGUCGUCUUGUGUAGCCCGGGAGAGGAGAACUCAGAUAAACCAGACACUCUGUGAGCUGGGGGCUCUGCUCUGUCCGGAUCAGGAUAGACUUGAUAAACUAACAGUUGUUAGACUUGCUGCUGCUACAAUCAAACUCCAUGCUUUUCUGAAAGGGGUAGACCAAAACAGACCCUGUCAGAGGCUGCAACACCAGAGACCCUCCCUUACCAGACGAUUUGCUAAGAUUCUGGACGGAUUUGUGAUAAUCCUAAGUGCGAGUGGUCAAGUUCUCUACGUCUCUGACUCUAUCAAGGACUCCCUAGAACACUCGCCCCACAAUAUAGUUGGAGAGUAUAUCCACAGUUUGGUUCAUCCUGAUGAUCACGAUGAGAUAAACCUGAAUCUUGUCAAGGAGACUACUCCUGUUCCGGAAAGUUCCUUUAGAAAUACAAGCAGUCGGAAACGAAAAUGUACCCGAGAGAGUAAAAGUAGCAGUACUGUUUACCACAAAUCGGAGAAGAUUCCAGGGGGUUCAACCCCCAGCACCUGUGAUAUUGAUAUCGAGAUGGGGGGUACACCACAUCUUCCCAUCGGAUAUGAUGAUCUAAACUCUCCUGAUCCCAACGCUUCGCUUAGAGUUCUUCAUCCAUUGUCUAAAACACUCAAACGGAGGUUUUUCUGUCGAAUGAAGUGUUUGCAGCAGCGAAAAUUCAAACGACUCGUAAAAAACUGGGGAUACAAGACGGUCUACUGCAGCGGAUACCAGAUGUAUGACACUAAAGAGUCGGGUACCCUCUCCUGUAAAGGUUUCAUAGGUCAUGUCCGACCUCUACAACCCCCUGCUAUAUUCGAGAUUCCCCUGGUGGAUGGCUCCUUUAUGACUCAUCACUCUCUUGAUAUGAACUACAUCUUUACUGAUAAGAGGUUACAAACAGCGCUAGGAUACCUUCCUGAAGAGGUUUUGGGGCAGAGUAUCUACAACUUUGUUCACAACGAUGACCUCGAGAGGCUCUCCAAAUUCCACAAAAACUUACUGGAUAAAGGCGAGUGUAUAAGUGGUUACUACAGACUAGCUGCUCACAACAACGCAGGCUGGGUCACUAUCCAGAGUCAAGCUAACAUAAUCUACAACAAGAAGGAACACGUGACCGCCGACUAUAUAGUCUCCAUCAACUACAUUAUAGGGCAAACAUCGCCCCAGAUGGAGUCCUCCCAAAUGGACAGGUCAUCUUCAGAUACGUUCAACAGGUCGAAUGUGACGGUGGAGACAGUGCCGAGACCCGUUCAGAUUAGUGAGCUGAUGGAGAAUGGGCUGUUUUACACGAGCACAGGAGAGAAAGCUAUUCCUUCCCAGAUAACAAGGCACACAUCCCAGCAACGUGUAGAGCCGACCCCUAGUUUCUACUCCACCUCUCACCUGCAGCCGUCACGUGAACAAAUAUCACGUGACCCUCACCAGUAUCCUGCUUACGUGGCUACCCCUCAAGUACUAUAUAAUCCUGCUACUUUUGCUAGGGAGAUGGAGCUGUCUUCCCACAAUGUAACGCACGUGCAGCGCGAGGUUGUGCAACCUGUGCGCGUCCCCGUUGUCAGGGAUCUCACGCAUCUAUCACGUGAUGUCACUCAUUUAUCGCGUGACGUCACGCAAAUACCGCGCGAGCGGGUGCAACAUGAUAUCACGGAGUUUAUCAACACUUCUUAUCAUGGUCCGAAUACAAUUCCUUACUUUCCUACCACAUUGCCGCCAUCAGAGUUAUUAGAUCAGAGAUACAGCAUGAGACUAGGUCCCCCAACAACCUUGUAUCCAGAGUGUCAAACUCCCGGCUUCCAAAACGUCUACCCUCACCAGAUCAAUCCUCUCCAGCACACAGCCCGACCUCCUCAAGUGCUGCAUACGGCUCCAAGUGCAGCACCAUACAUCGAACACCUGCACGUUGGCAACUAUCUGAGAUAUCUUGAAGAAGAUCAUGUGUAUUACGAUUCUAACAGAGUCAAUUAAAUGAUUACAUAAUUAAGCAGCUAAUUGGGUAUAUUUUCUCGAGGAUCAUGAUCUCUGAUUCAUUUCUGGUAGGUUCAGAUAAACCUGAAUCAAUGGGCUCAAUACAUUUACAGAAUAUAAUUAGUGAACAGUGAGUGAUCAGGGAAUUCUUUUUGCAGUUUUAUUUUUGUUCUAUUCAAGAUUUCAAGAGACUGUACAGCAAGUACGUGAUUUACUGUCCCGUCAAUUUGACGGGUAUUUUAACUUUUUGACAGAGGCUAAUUGAUUGAAAUUCUGUUUAAUGUGUAAUCAAUGUUAUAUUUAUUUCAACUGUUUGAGAUUGAUGGAUUUCGUAGUAAUGAAAUUAAAUUUGUUUCAGAUGUACUACUUAUUGUGCUUACUUUUAAUGACACUAUUAUAAUUAUAAAUCAUAUA